AUGUCUAAAUGCCCUUUCUCACCGGGCUCUGCCGAGCCUGGCGCCCUACCACCGGGUCACCCCACGGCGCAAGUCAAUCCAUCGACUUCAUCACAAAACACGGCUCAAAAAGCCACAGAUGCACACUCGCAAGACCCCGUCCCUAAAUCGAGGAGUUUGUCGAUGAAUGAUUCGAUCGCAAAAUGCCCGAUUCGAUUGCUAGAUGAAAGGUCGCCUGAAGAGAUAGCGAAUUUCUUUGAAACACACAAGCACGAAGUUCCUCGUAGCCAUGAGAUAUGUGUUAGGAGAUACCAAAGUAAUGAGCAGAGUAUUCGCUCAUUGGAUGCAAAAUAUGGCGACCUUGUGAACAUGGUCAAAGGGUUGGGCUUGAAACAUCAGUCGAUGCUGCCACCGAAAGAUGAUGAUCAAAGCUCAGCAACCCCGAAGUCGAACCCUGCUGUCGAAGAAUGGGCUACCAUAAUUUCAGCAGGGCCGAAAACCGAGCAUAAUCUAGAGGAGGUGCAAGAGGAAGGGUCACAAGAUGCAAGAGUUGGGCACUUCGAUCGACCGCUCAGAGAUAUCAGGGUUGGUGAAUCACCGAGCCGCCCAUGGGGCAUCCAUGUUCCAGAUCAGCAUCACCCAGUCACCGACGACGCCCCACGCCGUCAUAGCCAGACCAACAGCAAGCAACCAACUCCGGCUGAGAUGCCACAAAUCGAUCCUCAAUUACGCUCACAUAGUAAAGCCAGUACACCACAAAUGCUGUUCACUGGCCCAGUCUUCAUUGGUUAUCCUCCAGAGCAGAUAGCGACUAUUUUAGCCCAAUUCCCAAAUGCCAAUCAUGGAGGACCGACUUGA